UUAGGGAAAGUUUUUCCUAGGAUCAGAAUUGCCACCAAAUUGAUUCACCAGCAAAUGUGAAACGUCCCAUCUCAAAUAAUCACUUACGUGGUAGCUUAGUGAUGAAUUUUUAUGGGGUCAAACUGUAUAACUUCGGAAAGUCUUGAGUUUGAUUCCCAUUAGAAAAAGUACCUUUGUGACCACGUUCAUCUACACACCAAGCAGAGCCUGUUCCAGCCCAUCAAACAUGGAGACUAAAAGAGAAGGAUCUGAGAAGAAGGUGAUGGUGGUUAUCGAUGAAAACGAGUACAGUUACUAUGCGCUCGACUGGGUGCUCAACAAACUUAAGGAAUCGAUUACAGACUCGCCUCUGGUAAUCUUGGCUCCGUAUUCGACUCCAAACUGUAACCACAUAUUUGCAGCACAACUCAGUGCUGCUGGCAUUUAUACUCCAGUAUCAUCCACGUUGGAAUUGAUUCGCUCUGUUCAAGAUCGCAACAGGAAGAUCGCAUUAGGUCUCUUGCAGAAAGCUAAGACUAUUUGUGCUAGUCAAGGAGUUAAAGUUGAGACAAUCACUGAAGUGGGAGAGGCUAAAGAGGCUGUAUGCAAGGCGGUUCGGAAUAACGGAAUCGAUCUACUUGUUAUUGGUGAAAAUUCCAAUGGAGCUCUCAAAAGGUUUUUUCUGGGGAGUUUGAGCAACUAUUGCUUGGAUAAUGCCAAUUGCCCCGUUUUAGUCGUAAAGAAACCAGAGUAGAAGACUGAAACAAUCUAUCCAAAUCCGUAAGCUUGUAUUUAGUCUGUACUGUUGAUCAUCACACUAAAGAAGGGUGCAAGAAGUGUAAAAUUCUGAUGUUCUCAGAUUAAUAUCAGACACAGUGUUCAGCUGCAUAAA